CAAACCUAGGAUAGAAAGAGGGAGGGGGGCAAGAAACAAAAAGCGUGAUAGUGAGAGAAAAUGAGCGACGCCGAAGUAUCGGGCUCCCCGCCGUCGGCGCCGUUGGAGGACCAGCCACAGCUGGAGAAAAAAAUUAUAGCUUCUCUGGUCCAAGGCACAGUGAAAUGGUUCAAUGUGCGGAAUGGCUAUGGCUUCAUAAACAGAUAAUGACUGGACCUCACCUGUCUGUCCUUUGUCUUAGAAAUGACACAAAGGAGGAUGUUUUUGUCCAUCAGACGGCGAUCAAAAAGAAUAACCCCAGAAAAUUCCUUCGCAGUGUUGGAGAUGGAGAAAUUGUGGAGUUUGACGUAGUUGAAGCAGCUAAGGGCUCAGAGGCUGCCAAUGUGACUGGGCCAGGGGGUGUCCCAGUCAAAGGCAGCCGUUAUGCCCCCAACAAGCGCAGGUUCCGUCGGCGUUUCUUUCCUCGUGGUUCCCGACCUGGCCAGGCUGAACAGAGCAAGGGUGGAGAGGGCUCCUCUGGCCCCACAUCUGAGGGGGAGGGGGCCGGCGAGGGUGGGGCCCCACAACCACGCCCCGUUCCUCGCCGCCGCCGCCCUCGCCGAAGGCAAGAGGGCCAGGAAGAGGGGGAGACGGGUGAACAGAAGAAUGAAGGGGUCGUGGUGGAAGGGGAACUGGCUGUCCAGCAGAGAGCUGCUCCUCGGAGAUUCAGGCCACAGUAUCGCAGACCCUUCCGCCCCCGCCCAGCGGUUGGAGAACGGGCAGAGGGCCAGCAGUCCGCCCUCCCAGAGGGCCAGACAGAAGGACAAGAGGGGCAGCCUAAUGGGGGACCGCCUGAGACCCAAGUGCAGAGGCCUCGCAGACAGUUCAGCCGCCGCAGGCUAAGGAACUCUGAGUCUGCGCCAUCCAAGGCGACCCCUGCGCAUGAGAAUGGAACUGAAAAACCAUCCACAGAGCCCAGCUCACCCACCCAAACAUCCAAACCUGCAGAUCUCAAGUCUUCACCCAAAGCUUCCCCAAAAUCCUCCCCCAAGAUGUCGCCCAAAACCGACAAGCCAUCUGAUAAGGUGCCUGCUAUGACAGUGACUCCACCUUCUGAAUGACGCCACUGGGAAAUGUGAUCACAUGACCCUUUUGAGAGGUCCCUGGGUGGGUUAGCUGGGGUUGGACCAGGCUCGUCUCUCCACACCUGCUGGGGGCAGUUCUUCCCCACCCCCCUCCCUCGCCCCCUCCCCCACCUCAUCACACCCCACUAGACUUGUCUAGCCUGGACCCUUUAGCUGGACAAAUGGGGGCAAAAGGGGAGUGCAAUUUAGAAGUUUAAUGGUGAUGGAAAUUGAAAAAACAACUCACGAAAAUUAUAAACCUGCACUGAUGGCCACUUUUUCCACGUUCCCGCCAGUUUACUUUAAUCUACUGAAAAGAGCUAUAACGAAAUGGUAACCAGGCCUAUUUGGCUAUUUAUGUUUUAAGGGAUGAGGAAAAGCUAUGUUAGGGUGGUGGAGUGUAGGGUGGGAUUGCACGUUGAGACCAUACUAUUGUCUACCACCUGCAGGGACUAAUAUAAUGCUGCCCCCCUAUUAAUGAAUCACAGCCUGAGCUGGAUAAUGAUGUCCUUUUUUCCCAUUUGUUCUGUUUGUCUUGUUUUUGUUGGCACUUUGGAGGGAAUGAUGUGCAAUGAAACGUCAGUAUAUAAAAUGUACAUUAAAAAGAAAAUCCUGUAUGCAAAAAUG